UUUCCUCUUUUCCCACGGCCCAUUCCUCCACCACGCGCAUACUUCACUUCACUCCGUUAACUCCCAGCUCCUUUUCCUUUACCCCGAAAACCAGCGACCGAACUGUACAUUGUACAUGGUAGAUCCCGUCUGAUCCACGCCACGUCAGCUCCCUGCGGCAGAACACCCCACGUGGCAGCAUCAUACGGUGGCGGUAAGCCUCUACAGCAACCAGUUUUGGAGGGAAACCUGAGCGGAAGGGGUUAAAAAUAAUUUAUUAAAAAAGAAGAAAAUACACAGAAAUUACAAAGGAAAAAUAUGAUUCCAAUUUCCAGCAGAGAGGCUCUGGGUCUGGGGCAGGCAGGCUCUCUCUCCCCUUUCGUUUGUCCAACUUUUCUCUCCUUUUUCUCUUCAGUGCUCUGUAAUUAAUUGAUUGCGAGGACCAUUUAUAAAGAAAACAGAAAACCGGCAAUCUCUUCUCCUUCUUCGCCCGGCGCUCUUCUCCUCUUCUUCCUCCUCCUCCGCCACCGCCGAUCUUUCUGCCGGGAAAUUGCGGCAUCCAAAGCGGGUCAUGCAUGGCGCGCUGCGCCACUCUCGCUUGACGGACUCCCUGGCGGCGUAGUGCAGAAGGAUAAACUAUAUUUUUUUGUCUUCGUCGUUUCUUAGGGAUCAGAUCUAAUAGUUGUCGCCUCGGUUUGCUCAGAUUUGUUUCGUUGUGCUGAAUUGGGUGAUGGUUUUGAGGAGAAUUUAGGGUAAUUCUUUUUGUAGGGUUUUUCGGGUUGGAGCAUUCUUCGCUGGGGGGCGGGAAUGGAGAAGGGGAGGAGAUCUGGCGAGCCGUCGGGGUACGUGGUCAAGAGCAAGGGGCCUUCUGGGUGUUUGAUUGUGAGGAAGAAAGGGAGUGAUGGCGUGGGAGCGGCGGCCUCUUCUGGGUCGCGGAAGCCUUUUGAAUCGAAGAAGAAGGAGAAGAAGAAGAGGCCGAGGUUGGAUUUCAGCGAUGCCGGGUCUAGUGACGAGCUGUUAAUGCGUUCACGGGCAAGGUUAGCGCCUGGAACUUCUCGGAUUCGUAAUGGCGUGAGUGAUUUUGAUGCGGGUGUUGAAGAGGAGAGUGGGAUUGCUAGGAAGAGGAGCAGGGGAGAGGGUGGUAGGCGUAGUGAGAUGGAUGGCAUUGUUAGGGAUAGGGAUAAUUUGAUUGACCGGGCGAGGACCAGGUUAGAUGUGUUUGAUUUUGAUGAGGAUGAAGGUAGUGAGGCGGGAUCGAUGAGAAGGAAGCGCCCUGAAGAAGGUGGAGCUGAUAGUCGGAGGUUUUAUGGCUCAAUGACUGUGGGUAGAGGUAGCAUUGAAAGAGAAUACAAUUCUGGUUCAAGUAGAGAUGCUCUUCCUGGGAAUAGGCAGGCUUCAUAUUUCGAGAGGGCCAGUGGUUUGACUCGUGGUGAUCGUUCUGCCAGGGACGGGGUUCGACUGCCGGCUCCAGCUCCGAGGGAUGACUUUGAAUCAGAUCAACCAAUUCGGGUUCAAGGUAAAAAUGGUGUUCUAAAGGUUAUGGUAAACAAGAAAAAAAAGGUUGGUGGGUCUCUCAAUGGUUACAAUGCCAUGGAGCCUGAGGAAGUAAGAAAGGGUGUGAGGACAAAUGAAUUUUCCAAGAAGAACAUUCUUAAGCGCCCAACUCCAUUCAUUGGCAGAGAGAAGAAACCGAUGAAUCUUCUGAAUUCGAUGAAAAGUGAAGAUGAUAAUGCGAGUGACCAGGAUUCUGGUGAUAGUGGUAUUUUGUUGACAAAGAAAGCAAAUAUGAGAGCCAAGUAUGCAGAACCUAGCAAUUCUCAGAAGGUGAUGAUCUCUGCAAGGAAAAUUGUGAGCACUGGUAUUAAUUCUGAUGACAGUGAUACUUCCUUGAAGCCGAGACCAAAGAACGGCCGGGGUCUUAGAUCAAGAACGGGGACAAGUUAUGGAGAUGAGAAGACUACGCCUAGUAACCUUCUUCCAAGCAAAAUUAAUGAAGGCAAACUUAAGCGUGGUUCUGGCACUGAAAAACAAAAGCUGCGUGAAAGAAUUAGGGGGAUGCUUAUAGAUGCUGGCUGGACAAUAGAUUACAGGCCUAGGAGGAACAGGGACUAUUUGGAUGCGGUUUACAUAAACCCUUCAGGAACAGCAUACUGGUCCAUCAUCAAGGCAUAUGACGCUCUUCUAAAGCAGUUGAAUGAAGAUGAAGAGGUUGUAAAGGCUAAGGUGGAAUGCUCUCAAAUUACACCAUUACCAGAUGAGCUGCUCAGCCAACUUACAAGGAAUACUAGGAAGAAGAUGGAGAAGGAAAUGAGAAAGAAACAACGAGACAGCCGCCAGAGUGACAAUGCAAGGGAAGCAGUAGGGCGAAAGGCAUCAAGCAGCCGGUAUGAUGAGGAGAGUAUGGACAGCCAGAGUCAGGAUGAGAAAUUGAGCUCAUUCAUAACCUCCAAGGGCCACCGUUCGAUGCAUACUUUGCACGACAACGACGAAAAAUUGUCCUCUGGAUACAAUAGUCACCAUGGUAGUAAAAGCAGAAAACUAGGCAGAUGCACCCUAUUAAUACGAAGAUCAAACCAGGGUUUGAACUCAGAUGGUAAUGGUUUUGUACCUUAUAGUGGAAAAAGAACACUGCUCUCUUGGCUAGUUGACUCUGGAGCUGUGCAGUUGAGUCAAAAGGUGAGAUACAUGAAUAGGAGGCGAACAAAAAUUUUGCUGGAGGGCUGGGUAACACGAGAUGGAAUCCAUUGUGGCUGCUGUAGUAAAAUCCUUACAGUUUCAAAAUUUGAGAUCCAUGCAGGAAGUAAACUCCGACAACCCUUUCAAAAUAUAUAUCUGGACUCUGGGGUUUCCCUUUUGGAUUGCCAGAUUGAUGCAUGGAAUAGACUAGAGGCUGCUGAGAAUAUUGGGUUUCACUCGGUAGAUGUUGAUGGUGAUGAUCCGAAUGAUGAUACUUGUGCUCUUUGUGGUGAUGGUGGGGAUUUGAUAUGCUGCGAUGGUUGUCCAUCGACAUUUCAUCAGAGCUGCCUGGACAUUGAGAUGCUGCCUACAGGUGAUUGGCAUUGCCCAAACUGUACUUGCAAGUUCUGUGGUUCAGCCAGUGACAAUCUUACGGAUGAUGAUGAUCCAACUGUUUCGGCACUUCUGACGUGCAGCCUAUGUGCUAGAAAAUAUCAUGAAUCCUGCAUGAAUGGUAUGGAUGCUGCCACUAUUGAGGGUGAUAGUUCUAAAUCUUGCUUCUGUAGCAAAAAGUGCGGAGAGCUCUUUGAGCAAUUGGGGAAGUAUCUUGGCGUCAAACAGGAGGUGGAAUCAGGAUUUUCAUGGUCUCUUAUUCGGAGAACAGACUUUGACCUGGAUACAUCUCUUCAUGGACUUCCUCAUAGGGUGGAGGGGAAUUCAAAGCUAGCUGUGGCUUUGUCUGUAAUGGAUGAAUGCUUUUUGCCAAUAAUUGAUAGGAGGAGCGGGAUCAACUUGAUCCAUGGUGUUCUUUAUAAUUGUGGGUCAAACUUCAAUCGACUCAACUACAGUGGGUUCUUUACCUUGAUUUUGGAGAGGGGUGAUGAAAUAAUUUCUGCUGCAUCCAUAAGAUUACAUGGGACAGAGUUGGCAGAAAUGCCCUUCAUUGGAACUCGCCACAUAUACAGACGUCAGGGAAUGUGCAGACGUCUUUUUAGUGCUGUUGAAUCGGUACUCCGCUCAUUGAAGGUUGAGAAGCUAAUUAUUCCUGCCAUUUCUGAGCUAAUGCACACAUGGACGGAGGUGUUUGGGUUCACUAGCCUUGAUGAAUCCCUUAAGCAAGAACUGAAGUCUAUGAAUACGAUGGUGUUCCCUGGUGUGGAUAUGCUUCAGAAGCACUUACUUCAGCAGGAAAAUGGGGAGAAAAUGAACACUAAUAAAGGUGUGAAAGAGAAGGGACCCCAAGGUGAUAAAUUUAUGGACAAUGCUUCAGCUGAUAGUGGUUCAGCUGGAGAUUAUCUUCGAGAAAGCGACAGUGGUGGUCUUGAACAUAAUAACAUUGAAGCGAAAGUUGGAGAAUCGGCUAGGGCAAAAUCUGGCACAUCAAGUCCAGUUGCUUCUGCAAACUCUUCAAAGAUUUCCUUGGAUGCAUCCCACGAGAUUAAGCAAAGCGUCAGCUCAGAUUCAGGGCUAGUGGACAAGAAGUUGGAUAAAUCCAGAAUAUCCAACGUGAAGUCAGCUUCUCUGGAGAAUGAUGAUAUCUCUUCUCAUGCUAUUCCUGAAAACCAGUUUCUUCUUCCCAUUUCCUCGAACAAUGUUUCUGAAAUGAGCAGUUCGCCAGAUGCUUCUCGUGAACAUAAACCAGUAAAUGGUGAGGCAGUAGAUGAAUCAGCGUCUGUUGCUAACCAUUUGAGGAUGCCUACUGUUAUGAGCAGUCGGAGAGAAGUCAAAGAGGCGGCACAUGAUUUGGGGGAUAAUGGAACUGACGAGGCCCAAGCAUUCAAUAGAUUAAGCGAGUCUAAUUCCGAGGAGGAAUAUAAAGGUUCGUUCUCUACUGAACAAACUACAUUGCUGGGUGGUCUCCCGAGAGACUCUGAGCCGACCAAUAUCGAUGCUCCCGGGGAGGAAUACCAAUUGGGAUCAGGCCUUGAAGCAGCAAACCAUGCAGCAGCAACUUAUGAGCAUGGUUCCGACACUGAUGCGAGUGAAGUCAAAACAGAAUCUGAGUAGCUGCUGCACUCCUUAUUCACUUGCACUACUCUGACGAUGAGGGUAAGCAUUUUGGGGGCACCUAGUUUGGCGCGUGAUCUCAACGAGUUCGGUGCGUUGUUCUCUGUACACAGGGGCUGCUGGGAUGCCCGCAGGGAUGCUCGGCGAUAUUGUUAUAUGCCUUUUCCAAGUUUCGGUCCUUCCGGGAAGAGUGUGAGUGAUCUAUACCACUGCGUGCAGUGAAGGGAGUGAGGCUGAGGCUGCCAGCCGCUGUUGUAUGCUGAAUGGGAUGAUGGGAUGGCCGGAGUAAGAGCUAUCUCGUGCGCAGUCACCCUUAGAACGUGUAUAUAAGUUUGGUAUUGCCGAUGAUUGCGCGGCUGCGGGGUUCCAGAUUUUGGAACUUUGAUUCCCACCACCCUGUAACAAAAAGAAGAGGAACGAAUUCGAUUCUUACGUAGCAGACGCUCCCUCCCCUGUUUUUUUUUGUUAUCCUAUCUCGGGAAAAGACUACUGGUUCCUCGAUACAAAUUUUUCCAUGUGUGCAAGUAAGAAACUGGGAUGGAAAAUGUUCCUCCAUUCCACGCUUUCCAUUUCAAUUCAGUGCUUAUUUAUAGAAUUGAAUCCAUUUUAUAUGUACAUUCUCACAAAAACUCCUCAGCGGUCUUCAAAUCAUCCAGUAUCGCAGACUUCACAGAUUCCGGUAGGGCUGCGGACGGCCCUGCUUUUGAGUAGAAGCUCGCCAGUGCUCUUAUCGCCUUCUCUAUCUCCACGUACGAUUCCUCGCCGGCGAUCUUCUCUUGGCCCCUCCAAUUGCCCAAAUACUCUCUAAUGGAUUCCUUGGCUGCGUCGGCGUUCCGCCUGAACUUGGCAUUGUCCUUGGGAUCCUCCUGCAGCGACUCUCGCAGCGUCUUCACCACCUCUCUCGCGGACUUCAGGUAAGCUUUCGGAAGCAGUUUCCCGGAUUUCGUCUUCUCGUUUGGAUCCAGAAGCGACUUGAUUGCGCCGACCACGCCCUCCUCCUCUUCGUCUUUUGCCGGUUGUCCUCCUUCGGCUCUGGCAGGCAAUGGCGUCGGCAUCCAGCUGGGAGACAUUAUGGAUAGUGUCGAAAUAGCACCAGCGAGCAAGACUCGCCGACGAGUCUCGGCGGCAACUUGAUUCCGUUGCAGCUGCUUAUAGGAACAAUCAGUUGGUGCUUUGACAGAGACGGAAAGGCAUGGAAUCACUGCAAAACUCGCGGCGGUCGGCGCCAUUGUUCUGCCGUCGAUUUCAGUUCGGCAACUUGCUCCAAUCGCGCACUUCAGGUCGGAUAUCUCAGCUUACGUCAUUUUCUUUUUCUUAAACUACUGCUUCUUCGGUUCUUCUCACUCUACCUUUCGGCUUUCACUUCUCAGUGCUCAUUCUCCGCCGCCGGAUGAAGCUUCGAAUCUAUCCGAAUGGAAAUGGACACAGCUGUUAUUUUGAGGAUUCGUGAAGGUUAAGUUAGUCAUUUGGAUCAAGCCUCCGACGUCGUUCUGGUAUCUUUCUCUCUCUAUCCCUCUUAUAUCCCCGCCGGCAGACGUCAGUCUCCGGUUCUAUGACUCGCCUUUCCGUUGAAAAUAGGAGACGAGAUCUCUCUAUCUCGCUCCUCUUUCCUCUGUUGCUAGAAUUCAGACGCCGGUGAAUUUCGGUUCCAGCAAUCGGCGGCAGUCCCCGGCGCUGCAGGAAUCCUCUGCUGUUUCCCGGAUAUGACUAACAACUCCCAGCAAAAUUCUUCAUCCUUGAAGCCUUCCUCCUCCGCUUCCGCAUCGCAGAGGAAAUCUCGAUGGGAGUCCUCUUCCUCCGCCGCUGCUAACGCCAACAAUCCACUGUCGGGAUCGAAAUCCAACCAGCCAAAACCUGCUAAACCUCAUCCCAAUUCAAAACCUUCGCCGAAGCUGAAGACAGGGCCAUCUCCCAAGCCUGCCGCUCCUCUUGCUCGGCCACCAGGUGCAGCCUUCCCUUUCCCCGACUUUGGCCCUCCUCCUACUCCCACCUAUGGCUUCCACAUGCUGGAAAGAAGGACCAUUGUCCUUGCAGACGGCAGCGUUCGCUCCUACUUUGCUCUUCCUCCAGAUUACCAGAACCUCCCUCCGCACGGUUUUAUUCCCCCUCGUCCGCUCCCACCCGGUGGAGAUCUCAGAUUCCCGCCCAUGAGUCCUGAAGGUUUAGGGUUCCGUGAUGGAAACCACAGUGCCGCUUUGAAGAGGAAGCACGCUGGAGGGGACGACGAGUUCAAGUUCAGCAAUAACCCUAACGGGUUUCAUUCCGCUGGGGCCGGGCCAAGCAGUCCGUUUAUGAGGGGUGAUGAACUGAGGCCAGGGAAGUUUAUGAGGAUUGGUGGCGACAGCGUGGGAAUGAUCCAUAAGCACCUUGAAGUGGACCAGAACAAGCUAAAGAAGGCUUUUCUACACUUUGCUAAGGUGAUCAAUGACAGUGAAGCAGAGAGAAGGCGUUAUUUAGAGAACGGCAAGCAUGGACGGAUUCCUUGUGUCGCUUGCAACAGGUCGAAAGAUUUUCCAGAUGUGCAUGCUCUUAUAUUGCAUACAUACAACUCAGAAAAGGCUGAAUCUCAUGUGGAUCACUUGGGAUUACACAAAGCCGUGUGUGUUUUAAUGGGAUGGAACUUCACGAAGAUCCCUGAUAGCUCAAGGGCAUACCAGUUCCUACCUGUCCAUGAAUCAGCAGCAAACCAGAACGAUUUGAUUUUGUGGCCACCUUUGGUGAUUAUUCAUAACACAGUUACAGGAAAGGGUAAAGAUGGACGCUUGGAAGGUUUGGGAAACAAAGCCAUGGAUAGCAAAAUAAGAGGUCUUGGAUUUCCGGGUGGCAAGUCCAAAUCACUGUAUGGAAGAGACGGUCAUCAAGGUAUGACACUUGUUAAGUAUAGCGGGGACAUGUCAGGCUUGAAGGAGGCCGUGCAGCUGUCCGAUCACUUUGCGAUGCAGAAUCAUGGGCGAAUCGCAUGGGAACAUAUACAGCCGGUGGCUUUAGGCAGAGACGACGAUGACAGGAAUCCAAACCUCGUGAAGGUUGACCAUCGCAGUGGGGACAAGCAGAGGAUUCUGUAUGGGUAUCUUGCCACAGCUGCUGAUCUUCACAGGGUGGAUUUCGAGACACGGAGGAAGGUCACGAUCGAGAGCCUUCGAGAGUACCAGCAAGUCAGUCAUCCUCCUCGAUAACACAAUCAGCUAGAGGUAACAAAGAGCUGCGCUCAUACUUAGACUCAUUGCUUUUCGACACCAGUCUGUAACCUUGUGUUGUCCAUUUGGCCCUGUAGAGAUAGAUGAGGGGAAAAGGCUUCGUUUCGGUCAAUUACGAUAUUUCAUCAUCGUUGGCAGAAUUCGAGGUGGUAUUUAGGAAGGACCAGAUUGCAUAUAGAGAGUUUCAUAUGUAUCUAUCUUCAUUUGAUAAGUGAGCCCCUCUAGUCUAUAUUUAUGCGUUCAGAUUUCAGAAGAUGAGGGCCGCAAAACGGCUGGUGCAUGGUGUCAGUCAGUAUCCUCUGUCGCCGGCUCGGUUGCUCCUUACCUUGUACUUGCAGUGACGUUUGAGGUUUUCGGGGCGAAAUGAUACCCUAGUGGUGGCUAAUACGUUAACAACAUUCUGUAAGAGGUCAUAAAUCUAACAUGGCAUUACAAGAGUCAAUAUGUGAGAACGUUUUGAUGAUUGAUAAUAGCGUAUGUGGCUAACUUGUGAAACUUGAUCAAGUUUUAACUAAGAAUUGUAAAAUUGUAUCAAUUGGUGUAGUGGAAA